AUGGAAUCAGCUGGACAACAGUUGGUGCUUCAGUCGUAUCCAGGGUUGCAAUUUUUUGCCAUUUUCAACCCCAAGUUGCAAUCCAAUGAAGAAAGCAUACCAAGCUCAGAUCUCGAUGAGACGGAGCUAGAGGUGAAACGAAAGCUGUUAUGCUUCAUAAGGUUUGAUGGUGCAGAAACUUCCAACUUCCAGAAAUUCAAGCUUAUAGGCAUGAUCGAAGGACUGCAAGAUUUUUCUUCCAAGUUUAGAGGGGGUAACAAACUGAGAUUCAUUGAUACACAAAAGACUAGACUGAUUCUUCUUAAUGUGGAGCAAGACUACUGGCUCGUACUAUCUAUAAGGUUGGCAGAAGUUAAGGUCACUGCUACGAACGAGAAGAUAUUUACUCUUAGAUUUUUAGCCUUACCUGAAUACACAGAGGCGGAACUUCAAGAAGGAUAUAGAUGGUGGAGGUUGCAUAAUGGUGAAUUCUCCUUCAAUUAUAACCAGUUGCCAUUAGAGUCGUUUACACAGCUGCUAGAAGACUGGUGGUAUACUUGGUGUAAAAAUAAGUGGGUCAACUUUGAAAUUAAAAAUGAAGGAUUUGUUGAUGUCGACCACUCGUUCAGAAAAUCUUCCAUCGAAUUGCCCAAUGGAUUUACUGACUCUUUGGAAACCAACUUAGCCGAAUUGAUGUCAGAGGAUCCUGAAAUAUUGGACAUAAUCAUCAUGAAUACAACAAAGACGCCUAUAAAGAACUUCGGCGUUCUCUGGAAGAACAAGGAUUCUAAAUUUGAACAGGAAUCAAUUGUGGAUCUGAUUCGUUAUCAACAGUGCAUAGCGCUGACAGUGGGUCUAACUACUAAUAAUCUGAGUGAAGGCAAUGUUCUUUCCCCGUCAGAAGUUGACCCCACCUCACCAGAGGAGGAACGUGAAAAUCUAUUUUAUCUAAUAGCCAACCAAAGCUUAUCCUUUCUAGAGCCAUCCAAGAAUUUUUUGACCACACAACUGGGUAACAUUUUAUAUCCUGCAACUAUGACGUUGGAUGCCAUGUCUUCGAUUAGCGGAUAUUUGCCUGAAGUCAGUUGGUUUUACAACAAAGGAGAAACACCUCCAACUCUAGAGGCUCCUCAAGCGAACGACGAUGCAGAAAAUACACCUGAUGCCAAAGUCAACGAGAAAAGAGGUAAAUUUUUGAUUGGAAUGGUAAAGCUACAUACCAACACAGAUGAGAAAGAAAUAUGUGAUAAGUUAGUCUUUCUCAAGCAAAAAGAUGAACCCACGUAUAUGGAACACAAAUUACUGAUAUAUGAGGUUGCUGGUCUCACCUUUACAGCAAUUUAUCGUGGAGAUUGUGCAUCGUUAAAUGAACCAGAAUAUUAUAGAAAGCUUGAAGACUCCCUUUACAGGAUUUGGCAAACUUGUCUCUACAGGUUAGUUCUAGAAAACAUCAAAGAAUAUCAAAGUUGUGUUAAAUCUAAACCUUCUACAUUCUACUAUUUGUUGUAUGACCGACCAUCCGAUAGCCACCAAAGUUCAUUCCCAGUCAUUUCAUUCCGAGGUAGUGAUGAGGAUUUCGGUGAGUUGGAUUCGGACGUAUUUUCGACAUUAACACUUAAAGAUAAUGAAACAAUAAAGGGGUCAAUACUCAAUAGUACCAGCAAACCAAAGAAUGCAAAGGAAAUAUCCAAAUCCCAACUGAUCAGUUUGAACCAAUCGAUUCUUUCACUCUCCACGGAGUCAAGGUCGGAACAAGAAAUUCUACUUCCAGAUGAGAAGUUACUAAAAACGGGGCGCAAUUGGUGGGUUUUGUUUAAAGAUCUAGGAGAGUCGCAAGCCUACGGUACCAGUUUAAUAAUUGCUAAGAAAUUUGACUCCAAAGAUCCCUCAAAAAAGGACAUUUUCAAUAAUUCGGAUUCUGAUGAUAACCUGGUCUCUUCACUAGGUGAGGAUGUAUCAGAAUGGUGGGAACAAUUUACUAGAAGUGUUUGA